UCUUGUGGAUAUGUGACUGAGAUCGGAGCUGCCUAGUUGCUCCCUCUCCCUGCAGAGAGAGAAAAAAACCUGAGGGGCUGAGUGUGCAGCACACAGAGAUAGAGCGAGAGAGGACAGUGAUUUUACAGACAGAUACACAGAGAGAUAGGUAGAGAGAUAGAUAGAGAGAUAGGUUGAGAGAGGAUUUGAAUCUCCCCGAAGUUAGACGAAUUAACCUCUGUGAAAGAUGGCAGAGGGAGGGGAGGGUGAGGAGGAGAUCCAGUUUCUCAGGACGGGUGACGAGGUGGUGCUUCAGUGCACGGCGUCUGUCCUGAAGGAGCAGAUCAAGCUGUGUCUCACCGCUGAAGGAUUCGGAAACCGACUGUGCUUCCUGGAACCCACGUCCAACGCUCAGAAUGUUCCUCCGGACUUGGCGAUCUGUUCCUUUUUCCUGGAGCAGUCGCUGUCUGUGAGAGCCCUGCAGGAAAUGCUGGCGAAUACCGUGGAAAUGGGCAACGAGUCAUCGCAGGGAGGAGGUCACCGGACUCUGCUGUACGGACAUGCUAUCCUGCUCAGACACUACCACAGCAGCAUGUACCUAAGCUGCCUGACCACCUCGCGCUCGCUCACGGAUAAAUUGGCCUUCGAUGUCGGACUGCAGGAAGACGCUACGGGUGAAGCCUGCUGGUGGACGAUCCACCCUGCGUCCAAGCAGAGGUCAGAAGGUGAGAAGGUCAGGGUCGGUGAUGACCUCAUUCUUGUCAGUGUGUCUUCUGAGAGAUACUUGCACCUCUCCUAUGCCAGCGGGGACCUCAUGGUUGACGCCUCCUUCAUGCAGACUCUCUGGAACAUGAACCCCAUCUGCUCGGGCUGUGAGCUGGCAGAAGGGUUCCUCACUGGAGGCCACGUGCUCAGGCUGUUCCACGGACACAUGGACGAGUGCCUGGCCAUCUCUGCCUCGGACCAGGGGGAGGAGCAGCGCAGGCAAGCGCACUAUGAAGGAGGGGCUGUGUGUAGCCACGCACGGUCGCUGUGGAGACUUGAGCCACUGCGAAUCAGCUGGAGCGGGGGCCACAUGAAGUGGGGGCAGCCCUUCCGCGUGCGCCAUGUGACCACGGGGCGCUACCUGUGCCUGGAGGAGGAAAAGGGGCUGAUGGUCGUGGACCCAGAGCGGGCAAACACCAAGAGCUCAGCGUUCUGCUUCCGCGCCUCAAAGGAGAAGUCUGAGGUUGCCCACAAGCGGGACGUGGAGGGGAUGGGCGCCCCUGAGAUUAAGUACGGAGAGUCGAUGUGUUUCGUGCAGCACGUUUCCACGGGACUCUGGCUCACCUACGCUGCUGUGGAUGCCAAGUCAGCCCGCCUGGGACUUCUCAAGAGGAAGGCAAUCCUGCACCAGGAGGGUCACAUGGACGACGCGCUGUCCCUCUGUCGCUCACAGCAGGAGGAGUCCCAGGCCUCUCGUAUGAUCUACAGCACCACCGGCCUCUUUACACAGUUCAUCAAGGGCCUGGACUCCCUGAGUGGGAAGAACAAGUCUCCGAGCCCCGUGUCCCUCCCGAUGGACGCGGUGAGCCUGAGCCUGCAGGAUCUCAUCAACUACUUCCAGCCUCCAGAGGAGGAGCUGCAGCAUGAGGAGAAGCAGACCAAGCUGAGAUCCCUCAAGAGCAGGCAGAACCUGUUCCAGGAGGAGGGAAUGAUCACGCUGGUGCUGAACUGUAUUGACCGGCUGAAUGUCUACAACACGGCUGCACAUUUCUCUGAGUUCGCUGGGGAGGAGGCAGCAGAGUCCUGGAAGGAGAUUGUGAACCUGCUCUAUGAGCUGCUGGCCUCCCUGAUCCGUGGGAACCGAUCCAACUGCGCUCUCUUCUCCGACAACCUGGACUGGCUGGUGAGCAAACUGGACCGUCUCGAAGCCUCCUCAGGUAUCCUGGAGGUGCUCUACUGCGUCCUGAUCGAGAGCCCCGAGGUGCUCAACAUCAUCCAGGAGAAUCACAUCAAGUCCAUCAUCUCCCUGCUGGACAAGCACGGCCGCAACCACAAGGUUCUGGAUGUCCUCUGCUCUCACACAUCAAUCGCGCUUAUGAGGCCCAACCUCUUCCUGGGCACAUGCGAGGGCUCCACACAGUACAAGAAGUGGUACUUCGAGGUGAUGGUGGACUACGUGGACUCCUUUGUGACGGCGCAGGCCACGCACCUGAGGGUGGGCUGGGCCCUGACCGAGGGGUACAGCCCCUACCCCGGGGGGGGCGAGGGCUGGGGCAGCAACGGGGUGGGGGACGACCUCUACUCAUACGGGUUCGAUGGGCUGCACCUGUGGUCUGGGCGUGUCCCGCGAGCGGUCGCCUCCCCCAGUCAGCACAUGCUGGCCCCCGGUGACGUGGUGAGCUGCUGUCUGGAUCUCAGCGUGCCCAGCAUCUCCUUCAGAGUCAACGGGCACCCGGUGCAGGGCAUGUUCGAGAACUUCAACCUGGACGGGCUCUUCUUUCCAGUCGUCAGCUGCUCUGCUGGGGUCAAGGUUCGCUUCCUGCUGGGCGGUCGCCAUGGCGAGUUCAAGUUCCUGCCUCCUCCGGGUUAUGCUCCGUGCUACGAGGCGCUGCUGCCGAAGGAGAGGAUGCGGAUCGAGCCGAUAAAGGAGUACAAGCACGACUUCGACGGGAUCCGAAACCUGCUGGGGCCGACCCAGUCCCUGACCCACACUGCCUUCACACCCUGCCCUGUGGACACUGUGCAGAUCGUGCUGCCCCCUCACCUGGAGAGAAUCAGAGAGAAGCUGGCAGAAAACAUCCACGAGCUGUGGGCACUGACCCGCAUCGAGCAGGGCUGGACCUACGACACGUUCCGGGAUGACAACAAGAAGCUGCACCCCUGCCUGCUGGAUUUCCAUCGGCUUCCCGAGCCAGAGAGGAACUACAACCUGCAGAUGUCCGGGGAGACCCUGAAGACGUUGCUGGCGCUGGGCUGCCAUGUUGGGAUGGCUGAUGAGAAAGCAGAGGAGAAUCUGAAGAAGACCAAGCUCCCGAAAACCUACAUUAUGAGCAAUGGGUACAAGCCAGCCCCUCUGGACCUGAACCACGUCAAGCUCACCCCUGCCCAGAACACCCUUGUGGACCGGCUUGCAGAGAACGGACACAACGUGUGGGCACGGGACCGGGUUCGUCAGGGCUGGACCUACAGCAUCGUGCAGGACAUCGUGAACAAGCGGAACCCUCGCCUGGUCCCGUACAACCUGCUCGACGAGCGCACGAAGAAGACCAAUCGGGACAGCCUGUGUGAGGCUGUCCGCACGCUGAUUGGCUACGGCUACAACAUCGAGCCUCCAGACCAGGAGUCGAGUGGUCAGAGUUCUGCCGGCGCUCGUGCGGAGAAGGUGCGUGUUUUCCGCGCAGAGAAGUCGUACGCAGUGAAAGCUGGGAAGUGGUACUUUGAGUUCGAGGUGGUGACUACGGGGGAGAUGCGCGUGGGCUGGGCGCGGCCCAACGUCCGCGCUGAUGUGGGGCUGGGAGGGGACGAGCUCGCCUACGUCUUCAACGGCUGUAAGGCUCAGCGCUGGCACAAUGGCAGCGAGCCGUUUGGACGGAACUGGCAGUCGGGAGACGUGGUGGGCUGCAUGAUCGACCUGACGGAGAACAACAUCAUGUUCACCCUCAACGGAGAGAUGCUGAUCAGAGACUCGGGCUCCGACAUCGCCUUCAAAGACAUCGAGAUCGAGGAGGGGUUCCUCCCUGUUUGCAGUCUGGGGAUGUCCCAGGUGGGACGACUCAACCUGGGGCAGGAUGUCAGCAGCCUCCGGUACUUCACUAUCUGUGGCCUGCAGGAAGGGUUCGAACCUUUCGCCAUCAACAUGAAGAGAGACAUCACCAUGUGGUUCAGCAAGAGCCUGCCCCAGUUCAUCCCAGUGCCGACGGAUCACAGCCACAUCGAGCUCUCCCGCAUCGACGGUACAGUCGACAGCCCCCCCUGCCUGAGGCUCACACACAAGACGUUCGGCUCUCAGAACAGCAACACGGACCUGCUCUUCCUGAGGCUCAGCAUGCCCGUGGAGUUCCACGAGACGUUCCGCGUGCAGGCGGGGACCACGCCCCUGACCCGGGCCCUCACCAUCCCCGAGGAGGAGGUGCAGGACGUGGAGCCGGACUCGGAGUUCGAGCAGCACAAGAAAUCAGCCAGCCGCAAGGAGGCCGAGGCCACAGGGGACAAGGACCAGGCGGCAAAAGAGCAGGCAGCAGCAGCAGCAGCAGCAGCAGCAAAGGAGAGCGGCAAGGGGGAGAACGACAAGGACACGACCUCGGAAAAGAGCAAGAAGAGAGGCUUCCUGUUCAAGGUGAAGAAGCCCGCUUUCAUCUCCCCUCCCCCGCUGGUCCCCGCGAUGCCCCGACUGGUGGAGGACGUCGUCCCCGAUGACCGUGACGACCAGGACAUGAUCAUGAACACGACCACGUACUACUACUCCGUACGGAUCUUUGCCGGGCAGGAGCCCAGCGGGGUGUGGGUGGGCUGGGUGACCCCCGAUUACCACCAGUACGACCCCAACUUCGACCUCAGCAAGGUGCGCAGCGUCACAGUGACCGUGGGAGAUGACAAGGGCAACGUGCACGACAGUAUGAAGCGCAGUAACUGCUACAUGGUGUGGGGAGGGGAGUUCAGCAACAGCGCUCAGCAAACCCGCAUCAGCCAGGAGGACCUUGUGAUUGGCUGCCUGGUCGACCUGGCAACCGGCUUCAUGACCUUCACGGCCAAUGGGAAGGAGAUAAACACCUUUUACCAGGUGGAGCCCAACACCAAGCUGUUCCCGGCAGUGUUUGCCCUCCCCACCAGCCAGAACAUGCUGCAGGUUGACGCCAGCUCACCCGUUCACAACAUCAUGCCGAUCUCAGCCGCGAUGUUCCGGAGCGAACGCAAGAACCCCGUGCCCCAGUGCCCGCCACGGCUCGACGUGCAGAUGCUGACCCCCGUGGUCUGGAGCCGCAUGCCCAACCACUUCCUGUUCACGGACACGGGCCGGGUCACCGAGCGCCACGGCUGGAUGGUGGAGUGCAGUGAGCCGCUCACCAUGAUGGCACUGCACAUCCCCGAGGAGAACAGGUGCAUUGACAUCCUGGAGCUGUCGGAGCGUCUGGACCUGCUCAAGUUCCACUCCCACACCCUGAAGCUGUACUGCGGGGUGUGCGCCCUGGGGAACAACCGCGUGGCCCACGCGCUGUGCAGCCACGUGGACGAGUCCCAGCUGCUGUACACCAUCGAGAACGCCUACCUGCCGGGACCCCUGCGCUCCGGGUACUACGACCUGCUCAUCAGCAUCCACCUGGAGUCCGCCAAGCGCUCGCGGCUCAUGAUGAACAAUGAGUUCAUCGUGCCGAUGACGGAGGAGACGCGGAGCAUCACGCUGUUCCCCGACGAGAGCAAGAGGCACGGCCUGCCCGGCGUGGGGCUCAGCACCUGCCUGCGCCCCAAACUGCACUUCUCACCCACCAGCUUCGUGGGCACCGACCCUGACCUCUACACCCUGAGCCCUUCCAUCCCUCUGCAGAUCCUCAAGACGAAAGCCAUCAACAUGCUGACGGACGCUGUGCAGGAUGGCGGGCAGCACACGCGGGACCCAGUAGGGGGCAGCGUGGAGUUCCAGUUCGUCCCGGUGCUCAAGCUGAUCAGUACCCUGCUCAUCAUGGGCAUCUUCCAGGACGAGGACGUCAAACACAUCCUCAAGAUGAUCGAGCCCAACGUCUUCGGAGUGCUGGAGGGGGAGGGAGAGGAGAAGGGGGAGGAAGAGGAGAAGGAGAAGGAGGAGGAGGGGGCCAAGGAAGAGGUGGACGAGGAAGCCAAAGAGCAAGAGGAGGCACCAGAGGAAGGGAAGGAAGGAUUCGAGGAGGACGAAGGGGUGGUAGACGAUGAGGAGGAGGAGGAGGAGGAAGAAGAGGAGGAGGAGGAGGGAGAAGAGGUGAAGGAGGAGGAGAAGGGGGAGGAGGAGGAGCUGGAAGCAGGGGAAGAAGACUCCAAAGAGGAGGAAGCAGGGCUGGAGGAAGGGCUGCUGCAGAUGAAGCUGCCUGAGUCUGUCAAGCUGCAGAUGUGCAACCUGCUUCAGUACUUCUGUGACUGUGAGCUGCGGCACAGAGUGGAGGGGAUCAUCGCAUACUCUGACCGCUUCGUCAAACUCAUCCAGGCCAAUCAGAGGGAGCGCUACAACGAGCUCAUGCUGGCGUUCACCAUGAGCGCCGCGGAGACCGCGCGCAAGACCAGGGAGUUCCGCUCGCCGCCGCAGGAGCAGAUCAACAUGCUGCUGAACUUCAAGCACAGCCCUGACGAGGAGGAGUGCCCUGUCCCAGACGAGAUCAGAGAGGACCUGAUCGACUUCUACAACGACCUGCUGACUCACUGCGGAGUGCACAUCGAGGAGGAGGAGGAAGAGGAGGAGGUGGACAGCUCCCUGAGAGGAAGGCUCUUCAGCCUAUUGGACCGGGUCAAGAACUUCCGCAAGAAGAAAGUGGAGGAGGAUUCAGAACAAGAGGAGGACAGCAAACCCAGCUCUCUCCAGGAGCUGAUCUCCCACACCAUGGUCCACUGGGCCCAGGAGUCGUUCAUCCAGAACCCGGAGCUGGUGAGGCUGAUGUUCAGCCUUCUGCACCAGCAGUAUGACUGCAUCGGGGAGCUGAUCCGAGCGCUGCCCAAGGCCUACACCAUCAACGCAGUGUCGGUGCAGGAUACCAUGGACCUGCUGGAGUGCCUGGGCCAGAUCCGAUCCCUGCUCAUCGUGCAGAUGGGCCCCGAGGAGGAGAGGCUCAUGAUCCAGAGCAUUGGGAACAUCAUGAACAACAAGGUGUUCUACCAGCACCCCAACCUGAUGCGCGCCCUGGGCAUGCAUGAGACCGUCAUGGAGGUGAUGGUGAACGUGCUGGGGGGCGGCGACUCCAAGGAGAUCCGCUUCCCCAAGAUGGUGACCAACUGCUGCCGCUUCCUCUGCUACUUCUGCAGGAUCAGCCGGCAGAACCAGCGUGCCAUGUUCGAUCACCUGAGCUACCUGCUGGAGAACAGCGGCAUCGGGCUGGGAAUGAGGGGGUCCACUCCGCUUGACGUGGCUGCGGCCUCCAUGAUCGACAACAAUGAGCUGGCACUAGCACUGCAGGAGCAGGAUCUGGAGAAGGUGAGCGGACUGGGAGAGAGUGGGGGGGGACUGGGAGAGACUUGGGGAGGACUGGGAGAGGAUCUGGGUUGGCUAGCUGUGUGGGGGUGGGGGGUUUUUUUUACCGUCAACGGGGAGAGCGUGGAAGAGAACGCUAACGUGGUCGUGAGGCUCCUGAUUCGCCGGCCCGAGUGUUUCGGCCCCGCCCUGCGCGGAGAGGGGGGGAACGGGCUGCUGGCCGCAAUCGAGGAAGCCAUCAAGAUCUCGGAGGACCCGACGAGGGACGGGCCGACCGUCAAGAAGGACCGCCGCUUCCCCAUGUUCGGAGGGGAGGAGGCCCAGGAGGAGAACAGAGUGCAUCUUGGGAACGCCAUCUUGUCGUUCUACUCUGCGCUCAUCGACUUGCUGGGACGCUGCGCCCCGGAGAUGCACUUGAUCCAGGCUGGGAAGGGCGAGGCCCUGCGUAUUCGAGCCAUCCUGCGCUCACUGGUUCCCAUUGAGGACCUGGUGGGAGUGAUCAGCCUCUCAGUGCAGAUCCCUGCCUUUGGAAAAGACGGGAAUAUCAUUGAGCCCAAGAUGUCGGCGAGCUUCGUCCCAGAUCACAAGGCCCCAAUGGUUCUGUUCCUUGACCGAGUCUACGGCAUUGAGACCCAGGACUUCCUGCUGCACGUGCUGGAGGUCGGCUUCCUGCCAGACAUGAGGGCCGCGGCCUCUCUCGACACGGCGGCGUUCAGCACCACUGAGAUGGCUCUGGCCCUGAAUCGUUACCUGUGCUCCGCAGUGCUGCCCCUCCUCACGAAGUGCGCUCCUCUGUUCGCUGGCACCGAGCACAGGGCCAUCAUGGUCGACUCCAUGCUGCACACCAUCUACCGGCUCUCCAGGGGGCGCGCUCUCACCAAGGCGCAGCGUGACGUCAUCGAGGAGUGCCUCAUGUCUCUCUGCAGGUCCCUCCGCCCCUCCAUGCUGCAGCAUCUCCUGCGACGGCUGGUGUUCGACGUGCCGAUCCUCAAUGAAUACGCCAAGAUGCCUCUCAAGCUGCUCAACAAUCACUACGAACGCUGCUGGAAGUAUUACUGCCUUCCCAACGGCUGGGCCAACUUCGGAGUGACCUCGGAGGAGGAGCUUCACCUCACCCGGAAGCUGUUCUGGGGCAUCAUCGAGUCUCUGGCGCACAAGAAAUUUGACGCUGAGCUGUUCAAGAUAGCCAUGCCGACGCUGUGCUCCAUCGCCGGGGCGAUCCCGCCGGACUACGUGGACGCAAGCUACUCCUCCCAGACAGAGAAGAAGGCGUCCGUCGACGCCGAGGGCAACUUUGACCCCAAGCCAGUCGAGACCACCAACACUAUAAUCCCUGAGAAACUGGACGUGUUUAUUAAUAAGUACGCUGAAUACACUCACGACAAAUGGGCCUUUGAGAAGAUCCAGAACAACUGGAGUUACGGAGAAGCGAUCGACGAGAACUUGAAAACCCACCCCAUGCUGCGCCCCUACAAGACCUUCUCCGAGAAGGACAAGGAGAUUUACCGCUGGCCCAUCAAGGAGUCCAUCAAAGCGAUGAUCGCGUGGGAGUGGACUGUGGAGAAAGCGCGAGAGGGGGAGGAGGAGAAGACAGAGAAGAAAACCAAGACUCGCAAGAUCUCUCAAACCGUUCAGGCCACCUACGACCCCAGCCAUGGCUACAACCCCCAGCCCAUCGACAUCUCAGGGAGCUCCCUCUCCAGAGAGCUGCAGGCCAUGGCAGAGCAGCUGGCUGAGAAUUAUCACAACACCUGGGGGCGUAAGAAGAAGCUGGAGCUGCAGUCCAAAGGGGGCGGUACCCACCCUCUGCUGGUUCCCUACGACACCCUGACUGCAAAGGAGAAAGCGCGGGACAGAGAGAAGGCUUACGAGCUGCUCAAGUUCCUGCAGCUCAACGGAUACUCAGUGACCAGGGGUCUGAAGGAUAUGGAGCUCGACACGUCCUCUGUUGAGAAGCGCUUUGCCUACGGCUUCCUGCAGAAGCUGCUCAAGUGGAUGGACAUUGCCCAGGAGUUCAUCGCCCACCUGGAGGCUGUGGUGAGCAGCGGGAGGGUGGAGAAAUCUCCACAUGAGCAGGAGAUUAAAUUCUUCGCGAAGAUCCUCUUGCCUCUGAUUAACCAGUACUUCAAGAACCACUGCCUGUACUUCCUCUCCACUCCGGCUCAAGUGCUGGGCAGUGGUGGGCACUCUUCCAACAAGGAGAAAGAGAUGAUCGCCAGUAUCUUCUGUAAGUUGGCAGCGCUGGUGCGUCACAGAGUCUCUUUGUUUGGAACGGAUGGCCCCGUUGUAGUGGACUGUCUUCACAUUCUGGCUCACUCCUUGGAUGCCAGGACGGUGAUGAAGUCCGGCCCUGAGAUUGUGAAGGCCGGCCUGCGCUCGUUCUUCGAGAGCGCCGCGGAGGACAUUGAGAAGACGGUGGAGAACCUGAAGCUGGGGAAGGUGUCUCAGAACCGGACGCAGGUGAAGGGCGUGUCUCAGAACAUCAGCUACACCACGGUGGCGCUGCUCCCCGUCCUCACCUCGCUGUUCGAGCACAUCGCGCAGCACCAGUUUCUGGAUGACAUGCAGGUCUCUUGCUAUCGCAUCAUGUGCAGCAUCUACUCUCUGGGCACCACCAAGAACCCCUACGUGGAAAGGCAGCGCCCCGCUCUGGGGGAGUGUCUGGCCCGCCUGGCCGCUGCCUUCCCUGUCGCCUACCUGGAGCCCCACCUGAACGAAUACAACACGUUCUCUGUGUACAACACCAAGACCCCCCGCGAGAGAGCCAUCCUGGGGCUGCCUAGCCAGGUGGAGGAGAUGUGCCCAGACAUCCCGCCGCUGGACGUCCUGAUGAAGGAGAUCGGGGACCUGGCGGAGUCGGGGGCGCGCUACACCGAGAUGCCUCACGUCAUCGAGAUCACGCUGCCCAUGCUGUGCAGCUACCUGCCCCGCUGGUGGGAGCGAGGGCCAGAGAACUGCCCCGAGACGGAGGGGCUGAGCUGCACAGAGGUGACCUCGGAGCACCUCAACAUGCUGCUGGGAAACAUCAUGAAGAUCGUGGUCAACAACCUGGGCAUCGAGGAGGCGUCCUGGAUGAAGAGGCUGGCCGUGUUCGCCCAGCCCAUCGUGAACCGGGCCAAGUCUGAGAUGCUGAAGUCCCACUUCAUCCCCACAAUGGAGAAGCUGAAGAAGCGCUCUGGGAAGGUGGUGGCCGAGGAGGACGCCCUGAGGCUGGAGGCCAAAUCGGAGACCAGCGAGGCUGAGGCGAUCAUCAAGGACGAGUUCUCUGUGCUGUGCAGGGAUCUCUACGCACUCUACCCUCUGCUCAUCCGCUACAUCGACAACAACAGGGCGAAGUGGUUGACCUACCCAGACCCCGACGCUGAGGAGCUCUUUAGAAUGGUGGGAGAGGUCUUCAUAUUCUGGUCCAAGUCUCACGCUGGGAACGGACAGUCUGGAGGCUCUGACCAGGAGCGUACCAAGAAGCAGCGACGAGGGGAUCGCUACUCUGUGCAGACGUCCCUCAUAGUGGCCGCGCUCAAGAAGAUGCUGCCCAUCGGACUGAACAUGUGCUCCCCGGCCGACCAGGAGCUCAUCAACCUGGCCAAGCUGCGCUACUCGCUGAAAGACACUGACGAGGAGGUGAGGGAGUUCCUGACCAACAACAUGCACCUGCAGGGCAAGGUUGAGAACUCCUCCAUCCGCUGGCAGAUGGCUCUCUAUAAGGAGCUGUCCGGGAAGGCAGAGGACUCUGAGGAUCCUGAGAAAGUGGUGAAGAGAGUACAGGAGGUGUCCGCGGUGCUCUAUCACAUCGAGGUGAUGGAGCACCCCUUCAAGUCAAAGAAGGCAGACUGGCACAAGCUGCUGUCGAAGCAGCGGCGACGCGCGGUGGUGGCGUGUUUCAGAAUGACCCCGCUCUACAACCUGCCCAGGCACAGAGCUUCUAACAUGUUCUUCGAUGGCUUCAAACGCACUUGGAUUGGGACGGAGGGCUACUCGUUUGAGGACAGAAUGAUCGACGACCUGGCAAAAUCUGGUGAGGAAGAGGAAGAGGAAGAGGAACCCACUGAGAAGAAGCCUGACCCCCUUCAUCAGCUCAUCUUGCACUUCAGCAGGACUGCACUGACAGAGAAGAGUAAACUGGAUGAAGACCAUUUAUACAUGGCGUAUUCUGAUAUCAUGGCUAAGAGCUGCCACAGUGGAGAGGAUGAAGGGGAAGGGGGCGAGGAAGAGGAGGAGAUGUCCUUUGAGGAGAAGGAGAUGGAGAAGCAGCGACUCCUCUACCAGCAGGCCAGGCUGCACAAUCGCGGAGCUGCUGAGAUGGUCCUGCAGAUGAUCAGUGCCUGUAAAGGUGAGACGGGCGCCAUGGUGUCCUCCACUCUGAAACUGGGGAUCUCCCUCCUCAACGGGGGCAACUGUGAGGUGCAGCAGAAAAUGCUGGAUUACCUGAAGGAGAAGAAGGAGGUGGGGUUUUUCCAGAGCACCCAGGCUCUGAUGCAAACCUGCAGCGUGUUGGAUCUGAAUGCCUUCGAGAGACAGAACAAAGCAGAGGGGCUGGGCAUGGUCACCGAGGAGGGGACGGGUAAGAGAGCAAUCCACAGAGCAGAGGGGCUGGGCAUGGUCACCGAGGAGGGGACGGGUAAGAGAGCAAUCCACAGAGCAGAGGGGCUGGGCAUGGUCAUCGAGGAGGGUAAGAGAGCAAUCCACAGAGCAGAGGGGCUGGGCAUGGUCACCGAGGAGGGUAAGAGAGCAAUCCACAGAGCAGAGGGGCUGGGCAUGGUCACCGAGGAGGGGACGGGUAAGAGAGCAAUCCACAGAGCAGAGGGGCUGGGCAUGGUCACCGAGGAGGGGACGGGUAAGAGAGCAAUCCACAGAGCAGAGGGGCUGGGCAUGGUCACCGAGGAGGGGACGGGUAAGAGAGCAAUCCACAGAGCAGAGGGGCUGGGCAUGGUCACCGAGGAGGGGACGGGUAAGAGAGCAAUCCACAGAGCAGAGGGGCUGGGCAUGGUCACCGAGGAGGGGACGGGUAAGAGAGCAAUCCACAGAGCAGAGGGGCUGGGCAUGGUCAUCGAGGAGGGUAAGAGAGCAAUCCACAGAGCAGAGGGGCUGGGCAUGGUCACCGAGGAGGGGACGGGUAAGAGAGCAAUCCACAGAGCAGAGGGGCUGGGCAUGGUCACCGAGGAGGGGACGGGUAAGAGAGCAAUCCACAGAGCAGAGGGGCUGGGCAUGGUCACCGAGGAGGGGACGGGUAAGAGAGCAAUCCACAGAGCAGAGGGGCUGGGCAUGGUCAUCGAGGAGGGAGAGGAGGGUAAGAGAGCAAUCCACAGAGCAGAGGGGCUGGGCAUGGUCACCGAGGAGGGUAAGAGAGCAAUCCACAGAGCAGAGGGGCUGGGCAUGGUCACCGAGGAGGGGACGGGUAAGAGAGCAAUCCACAGAGCAGAGGGGCUGGGCAUGGUCACCGAGGAGGGGACGGGUAAGAGAGCAAUCCACAGAGCAGAGGGGCUGGGCAUGGUCACCGAGGAGGGGACGGGAGAGAAGGUGAUGGCAGAUGAUGAAUUUACUUGUGACCUCUUCAGACUGCUGCAGCUGCUCUGUGAGGGACACAACAACGAUUUCCAGAACUACCUGAGGACUCAGACAGGUAACACCACCACGAUCAACAUCAUCAUCUGCACUGUGGAUUACCUGCUCCGACUGCAGGAGUCCAUCAGUGAUUUCUAUUGGUACUACUCUGGGAAAGACCUCAUUGAUGAGCAGGGCAAGAGAAACUUCUCCAAAGCAAUGACCGUCGCCAAGCAGGUCUUCAACAGCCUGACUGAGUACAUCCAGGGACCCUGUACUGGUAAUCAGCAGUCUCUGGCUCACAGCAGGCUGUGGGACGCAGUGGUUGGCUUUCUGCACGUUUUCGCUCACAUGAUGAUGAAGCUCGCCCAGGACUCGAGCCAGAUCGGUUUACUGAAGGAGCUUCUGGACCUGCAGAAAGACAUGGUGGUCAUGCUGCUGUCCCUGCUGGAAGGUAACGUUGUGAACGGGACCAUCGCCCGUCAGAUGGUGGACAUGCUGGUGGAGUCCUCCAGCAACGUGGAGAUGAUCCUCAAGUUCUUCGACAUGUUUCUGAAGCUGAAGGACAUCGUGGCUUCCGACGCCUUCAUGGACUACGUGACCGACAUGCGGGGGCUGAUCUCCAAGAAGGACUUCCAGAAAGCCAUGGACAGCCAGAAGCAGUACUCCCCCUCGGAGAUCCAGUUCCUCCUCUCCUGCUCCGAGGCCGAUGAGAACGAGAUGAUCAACUACGAGGAGUUCGCCAACCGCUUCCAGGAGCCCGCCAAGGACAUCGGCUUCAACAUCGCCGUGCUGCUGACCAACCUCUCCGAGCACGUCCCCCACGACACGCGGCUCCAAGGGUUCCUGGAGCAGGCGGAGAGCAUCCUGGGGUACUUCCAGCCUUUCCUGGGGCGGAUCGAGGUGAUGGGUCCCAGCAAGAGGAUCGAGCGCAUCUACUUUGAGAUCAGCGAGACAAACCGCGCCCAGUGGGAGAUGCCUCAGGUGAAGGAGUCCAAGCGGCAGUUCAUCUUCGACGUGGUGAACGAGGGCGGCGAGUCAGAGAAGAUGGAGAUGUUCGUGAACUUCUGCGAGGACACCAUCUUCGAGAUGCAGAUUGCCUCGCAGAUCUCGGAAUGCGAGGAGCAGGAAGGGAAGGAGGAGAGCGAUGAUGAGGAAGGUAAAGGAGGAGGAGGAGGAGGAGGAGGAGAGGAAGGAGGAGGGGAAGGGGAAGGUGGAGGCGAUGCCGCCGAGCCGGGGUCUGCUUUCUCGGAGUUCGUCAACGGAUUUCUGGAGUUCCUGGGCAUGUUCACGUUCCGAAACCUACGCAGGCAGUUUCGCAGGCUCAAGAGGAUGACCCUGAAGGAGAUGGUGGUGGGGCUGUGGUCCUUCUUCUGGGCUCUGCUAAUGGGCAUCCUACACUUCGCCUACAGCAUCUGCAAGGGCUUCUUCCUGCUGGUCUGGACCACCCUCUUCGGGGGAGGGCUGGUCGAGGGGGCCAAGAAGAUCACCGUGACGGAGAUCCUGGCCAGCAUGCCCGACCCGACCCAGGACGAGGUCCACGGGGACCUGCCCAGCGAGGGGGGGAGCAAGGAGGAGCAGGAGUCUGCAGGGACAGCGGAUUCGCUCGACCUCUCAAAGGGGGAGGAGAUCGCCGACGACUCGGCUGACAUGCACGGGGCGGAGAGGAAGGAGCAGGGACCUCCCGGGGGGCUGGGGGAUUUCGGGGAGACCACCGCCGUUGAGCCCCCCACCCCCGAAGGAACCCCAAUAGCCAAGAGAAAAGUGCAACCGGAGGAUGAGACGCAAGAAACCAAAGUGAUCGAGGAGCCCCCACCGGAGCCGGAAAAAGCAGAUGUGGAGAAUGGAGAGAAGGCAGUGAAGGAGGGGCGCGAGCAGGCAGAGGAGGGAGGAGAGGCAGAGGAAGAGUCCCGCAGGAAGAAGACGAAGCGAGAGAAGAAGCCGGCAGAGCCCGAGGGAGAGUUGCAGUUCUGGAGCGAGAUGGAGAUUCAGAGGAUCAAGUUCCUGAACUACCUGUCCAGAAAUUUCUAUAACCUGCGCUUCCUGGCCCUGUUUGUGUCAUUCGCUGUCAACUUCAUCCUGCUGUUCUAUAAGGUGUCGGAGUCCCCCUCUGGCGACAAUGAUUUCGAAGGUUCUGGUCUGUUCGAGGAGGAGAUGGAAGGAUCUGGGUUUGAGGAAGGAGGGGAUGAGGAUGAGGAGGACAGCGUGGUCUUUUUCUUCCUGGAGGAGAGUACGGGGUACAUGCAGCCCACCCUUUUCUUCCUCUCCAUCAUCCACACUCUUAUCUCCUUCCUCUGCAUCAUCGGAUACAACUGCCUCAAGGUUCCUCUGGUCAUCUUCAAGAGAGAGAAGGAGCUGGCCAGGAAGCUGGAGUUCGAUGGUCUUUACAUCACUGAACAGCCCGAGGACGAUGACAUCAAGGGACAGUGGGACAGGCUGGUCCUCAACACACCCUCUUUCCCAAGCAACUACUGGGACAAGUUUGUGAAGAGAAAGGUGCUGGAGAAGUACGGUGAUAUCUACGGCAGGGAGAGGAUCGCCGAGCUGCUUGGGAUGGACCUGGCCUCUCUGGAUAUCAGCUCGCAACACGAGAAGAAGCAGGAGCCCGACAGCUCUGUGUUGUCCUGGAUCACCUCAAUUGACAUCAAGUACCAGAUCUGGAAGAACGGAGUGGUCUUCACCGAUAAUACCUUUCUCUACCUGGUUUGGUACAUGGUCAUGUCGGUGCUCGGUCACUACAACAACUUCUUCUUCGCCUGUCACCUUCUGGACAUCGCCAUGGGCGUGAAGACACUCCGCACCAUCCUGUCCUCCGUGACACACAACGGGAAGCAGCUCAUGAUGACGGUGGGGCUGUUGGCAGUGGUGGUGUAUCUCUACACUGUCAUCGCGUUCAACUUCUUCCGCAAGUUCUACAACAAGAGCGAGGACGAGGACGAGCCAGACAUGAAGUGCGACGACAUGAUGACCUGCUACCUCUUUCACAUGUACGUGGGGGUGCGGGCGGGCGGGGGGAUUGGGGACGAGAUCGAGGACCCCGCGGGGGACGAGUACGAGCUGUACAGGGUGGUCUUCGACAUCACCUUCUUCUUCUUCGUCAUCGUCAUCCUGCUGGCCAUAAUCCAGGGUCUGAUCAUCGAUGCCUUUGGAGAGCUGAGAGACCAGCAGGAGCAAGUGAAGGAAGACAUGGAGACUAAGUGCUUCAUCUGCGGGAUCGGGAGCGAUUACUUCGACACGACUCCGCACGGCUUUGAGACCCACACGCUGGAGGAGCACAAUCUGGCCAACUACAUGUUCUUCCUGAUGUAUUUAAUUAAUAAGGAUGACACGGAGCACACAGGGCAGGAGUCCUACGUGUGGAAGUUGUAUCAGGAACGCUGUUGGGAUUUCUUCCCGGCCGGAGAUUGUUUCCGGAAGCAGUAUGAGGAUCUACUGGGAUAAAAAAGAAAUCAAUACUGGGAAGGCUGAGGGCUGCAUGACACACGAACAAGCAAACUAAAAACACACACGCAGUGCCCUCCUACCCCAACAGUGUGAGAGAAUACACCCUCACACAAAGAUAACCAGCACGUCUGAAUGAAACUGAAUGAAGAGAGAGAGAGAGGGAGGGAGAGUGUUAGGGUUAGUUCAUUGAGAUUUUGCAAUUACUGAUCGGCCCCAAAACUGUAUUGUUUGAUUGUUUUCCUUGUGCUAUCGAUAGGAGUUAAAAAAGAAAAGUGUGCCGUCUCUGUUGCGUCCCACUGUCGGCUAUGCUUGCAGAAGCACUGGGUUUAGUGGGGGAAGAUUACUGGGAACCAGUCUCUGAAUGGUUUACAGGGGUGUGUGGCCCUGCUUUUCACACUUUAAUAAAUAUAAUACAAUCUGAAUGCGACAAAACCCUGGUAAAAGAUCACAGUGGUAAAAGCACAGCAAAGUGUAAUAAAGCACAGUGACAGCACAUAGGAAAUGCCAGGGUUAAAAAAAACUUAAAUAACGCCCAGUAAAGUAAAGGAGUUGACAGCGUUUGAACUAUGAUGUGCCUUAUCUCAUCACGCCUGUUAGAAUGGCCGGGGGCUUUGCAGUCAUGAGAGCACAAAUUGCCCACCUGCGCUAAACAAAGCAGGGCAGAGUCAGGAAGCUUCAGAUAUCCUUCACCUUUCUCUAGCUGUUUUAAUACAGGGUGUGCUUCAGUCACUCACAGUGGUUCUGGGUCCUGCUUAUUCAUUUAGCAUCUGAUUCUGUCUUCAACUGGCUUUGAGCUUAGUGCUGUCUCUCUCUCUGUCUCUCUCUCUCACUCUAUCUAUCUAUCUAUCUAUCUAUCUAUCUAUCUAUCUAUCUAUCUAUCUAUCUAUUUGUCUAUAGAGAGAUAGAUAGACAGCCAGAAUGAGAGUUGUUUGGGGCUCAAAGUCAGAUGGAAGCAGACUUAGAGAGAAAGCCCAUGACAGCUCAUUACAGGAGGAGCAAGUGACCCCACCCACCAGAACGUACUGCGACCCCCAUACAACAGCAAGGAGGAAAUCCGCAGGGCACCAAUAGCAAGAUAUAACUGUGUUCCGUUAAGGGAUUUCUGUGCUGCCAUUGCUGCUGUUUUAUAUAUAGAUAGGAAGUCCUGCUUGCACAAAUCACAAAUACCUGACUCGACCCGAGGGGGGGCGGGGGCACCUGUGCAGCCCCCCCCCCCCACUGCCAGACAGUCAGCAGGCUGCUGAAAUCAAUGUCGGCGAUAGACAGA